UCUCUCUCUUCUCAUCUCCUUCACUUUCCUUCCCUCAAAUUCUACAUCUCUCCUGCUACACUGAAGAAGCCAUUACUAUGGCUUCCAAGCAUCUAAGAAACCUGAAUACUAUCACCGUCCACCGUAUUCUUCAAUAUCGGUUUCAAUCUCUCGUCAAAGCUAGGUACUUCUCCCAUGCUGAAUUGCCUCAAAACCAGUCCCAGAGGCAGAUCAGUGGCAAAGCUAAAGAACCUUCCGUUCACUCAUCCUUGAAGGACAAUGAGCUCGCCAAGUUUGCUGCCAUUGCUGAAACCUGGUGGGAUUCUGAAGGCCCGUUUAAACCAUUGCAUGCAAUGAAUCCUACAAGACUUGCUUUCAUCCGGUCUGUACUAUGUAGACAUUUUAAGAAGGACCCUUGCAGUGCUAAACCCCUUGAAGGACUUAAAAUUGUUGAUGUAGGUUGUGGAGGUGGAAUUCUUUCUGAGCCAUUAGCUCGAUUGGGAGCUACUGUGACGGGUGUUGAUGCUGUCGAGAAGAAUAUCAAGAUUGCUCAACUUCAUGCUGAUUUGGAUCCAACAACUUCAACUAUUGAGUAUUGUUGCACAACAGCCGAGAAGAUAGUUGAAGAAGGAAGAAAGUUUGAUGCAGUUAUGGCCUUGGAGGUGAUUGAGCAUGUUGCAGAUCCUGCAGACUUCUGCAAAUCUCUGGCAGCAUUAACAGUUCCGGAUGGAGCUACCAUCAUAUCGACAAUUAAUCGUUCUAUGAGAGCAUAUGCAACUGCCAUUGUUGCUGCAGAAUACAUUCUCCGCUGGCUUCCAAAAGGCACACAUCAGUGGUCUAGUUUUUUGACUCCAGAGGAACUAGCCCUGAUACUGCAACGCGCCGAUAUAAAUGUGGAGGAGAUGGCAGGAUUUGUGUUUAAUCCGGUGACAAGACGAUGGUCUUUAUCGGAUGAUAUCAGCGUGAAUUUCAUUGCCUUUGGUACCAAAACAAGAAACACGGAAUAGAAUAGAUAUUAUUUGGUACAUACAUGGGUUUUCCUAUUUUAAAAAUGUGAAAUUGAGUUGUGCUUCCUCAAGCACAUAAAAGCACGGAAGUGCAAUAAAAAAAAAUUAAUUCUUUGAUAAUUUUAUUUUAGGGAUUGGUAUUUAUCCUUUUAAAGGAUAUAGAAUUGUAUUAUUUUAAGUGAGAGAAAAAGAUAUACAAUAGAAAUUAUGGGAAAGAAAAU